GAUUUUUUCUGUCAGUGAAAAGUCUCGCGUACGUGAAAUCUUCCCCAACUUUGCUAACCGGUCCGAUUCCUCUAUUUUCUAAAUCUGUAUCAAUGGAUGUGUGACUUGGGAUCAAUACACUUUGCAAAAUUCAUUACGUAUAGUAUUCGAGAAAAAGAAAACGCAAAAAGCAAUGCCCCCACCACGUUGGGAAUGGGUAACAUAUCACAAAUAUUCGGCGUCCCUUUGCGUUACGUAUGGCGCGUGUUGGAUGCUAUAGGAAUGGGAUUGGUUAACCUGAUGGAACAAGUUAUAACUUUAAUUCAAGGAAUGCAUCGACAUCGAGCUAGAAGGUGGCUGUUCAUUACAUUCCUCGUUUGUGGAUUUCUACUGCUGGUGUUAUACAUAUAUGAGGAGCGCAUGGGUAUGUUGCAGGAACUAGAGGCGCCUCCAAGAGAAAAGGUAAAACCUACUACAAUAGAAGGAUGGACUAAAACGACCUCACGAGAUGCAUCCCACUAUGUCAACCCUGCUUACUCCACCCUAUUGAUGAAACCAAGACACUUAUGCCCAUCGCAGACCUAUUUAAUGAUUAUAGUUUGCUCCUCUCCACCUAAUUUCGACCAACGCAUUGCCGUUAGAGAAACAUGGGGCCUUUUGAAGAACACAUCGGAAACCAAAAUGUAUUUUUUACUUGGUAAAACUCAUAAUACCACCAUACAGGAAUUUAUCAACAUCGAAAGUGAUCUCUAUCAAGAUAUUGUUGUAGACAAUUUCGUGGAUACCUACAACAAUUUAACUAUAAAAUCGUUAAUGUUACUGAAGCUAGUCAAGUUGGAGUGUAAGGAUAGAGUGAAAUUUGUUAUGAAAGUCGACGAUGACACGUUUGUAAAUAUGAAUAAUUUAAUUCAAGCUUUGAAGAAUGUAAGAAGGAAGUCUACCAUGUUUGGCAAGUUAAUUUGUCGAUCUCGCCCAAUACGGGAUUACUAUGAAAAAUGGUUUAUGCCGAAGGAUAUGUAUAGUAAAGCAAUCUACCCGAACUAUCUUUCUGGGACAGCUUACGUAAUGACAACAGACAUUGCUGUAAAAUUAUUUGAAACAGCGUUAACCAUUCCAUUAGUUUAUCUUGAAGAUGUGUAUGUAACAGGGUUAUGUGCGAAGGCAGCUGGAAUCAUACCCGAAAUGAACAACCAAUUUAAUAACAAUAAAAUCAAAUUUAAUCCAUGCAAGUACAAAACAUUAAUAACAAGCCAUUAUAAUUCCCCUACGGAAAUGAGGUUUUUACAUUAUCGCGUACACAAAGGCAAUUUAGAAGAUGCUUGUAAACUCUUAAAAAUAGAAGAUGAACGUAAGAAGAGUAGUACACUAAUCCCAAAACUAAAAUUAUCAAGUACUAACGUGAAUCCCAGUGGAAUUUAAUUUGUAUAUUUUGUGUGUUUGUUGUUAAAAUCAUGGUGGAUGGUAUUUAUGUUGAUUAACCAUAACUGCUAGCUGUGAUUGUUUAUAAAAUACACUGAUAUUUUUAUGUAAAAGUUCCUGUCAUCUUGGUCUCAUUAGAAGCACCACAAAUUAUCCUAUACUGUUAGAUUAGACCUUUUGAGCAGUUUGUAUCUUUUAUUUUUUAUAACAUUAAAUUAAAUAUAUAAAUAAGUAAGUUCUUUUCAUCAAAAGAAAACAGAAUUGCUCUCCUCUUACUAACAUUCCAUUUUGUAGUAUUACCUUUGUUAAAGCAUGACUUUUGUAGAAUUUUCCACUUAAACGAUUUAGAUGUAAAGGAUAUGCUUUUUUCAAAUUAGCAUCGGCCUGUGUUGUGUUUGUUGUACAUAGCUUAACUCUACACGUUUAAUAAAUACACCAUUCUUUCAUGCAGACAAUCCUGUCGAAACAAAUCUUGACUUCUUGAUUUGUUCAAAUGACGCAACAUGGCUUUUUUUUCAAAGUAGGUUCACCCUUUGAAAAAAAGAGGUUUGUUCUUAUCUUUACAGAAGCUUUUGCUUUCAUUAGGAAUGCUAUAGUUGCUAUCUAUUAUCACAAUUUACUGCAUGUCGACGAGUAAAACUUAUUGCUCUUGUAUUGUGUCACAUUUAAAUAACUCUGAUUUUGAUUGAUUAAGCGGAAACCAUUACUGCAAAAAUUUCAACAAGCGGAAGUGGUAACUGGUAACCUUUCACGUCAUUAAGUUUGCAGCACCAAAUAGAAAUUAUUGUUCUUGUUAUAAAGAAAUGGUGAUUGGCUUAUUUUUCCUGGUAAGAAUAGUGCAUAUAAAUACGUGUAGCACACACCUAUCUAUUGUGGCACAAUUUUGCAAUUUAAUAGAUAAUAGAUACUUUGAUCUUCCAUUGUUAGUGUAAUUUGCUAAUAUUUUUGUAAGACUGUCCAAAAAUUGCAGAUCUCAACAUUAACUUAAUGGUACCCUACAAUGGGCGGUUUCAUUUGAAUAAAAAUUUUUGUAGUGAAUAUGUUCUACCAUAAUCAAAGCGGGAAUGUUAUUUUAGCGGGGAAUGGGUUUGUGCUUGAGACUUCCAUGUUUGAUAACCAUUGUGAUUAUAAAAUUGCUCAUCUAUUAUGUAAAUACUCAUGUUUGAGUGCCAUAUCUAGAAGUAAUUAGUAAAAGUUGAUUAAAUAUCAUAUCAAGGUAAUGAACAAAAAUUAACAAGUUAUACGUAUAAUGUAUUGUAAAUAUAUAGCUUUAUUAAAUGCUGGCCAAAU